AUGGCCACUGAUUCAGGGGAGCCAGCCAGCACGGAAGAUUCUGAGAAACCUGAUGGAGUUUCCUUCGAAACCAGGGUUCCUCAAGUUGCCGCAACUUUGACAGUAGAAGCUAAACUAAAGGAAAAAAACAGUACCUUUUCUGCUACUGGGGAAACCAUAGAAAGAAAGAGAUUUUUCCGUAAGAGCGUUGAGAUGACAGAAGAAGACAAAGUUGCCGAAUCUUCCCCCAAAGAUGAGAGAAUAAAGGCUGCAACAAAUAUUCCUCGAGUAGAUAAGCUUCCUACAAAUGUGCUAAGAGGUGGACAAGAAGUCAAAUAUGAACAAUGUUCAAAGGCAACAUUGGAAUCCUCAAAAGAUUGUUUGAAGGAGAAAAAUGAAAAGGAAAUAGAAGAAGAAGCAGAAAUGAAGGCUGUUGCAACUUCUCCUAGUGGCAGGUUCCUGAAGUUUGACAUAGAGCUGGGAAGAGGAGCAUUUAAAACAGUAUAUAAAGGACUGGACACUGAAACAUGGGUUGAAGUUGCUUGGUGUGAGCUGCAGUACAAGAACAAGGACAUUGGCUGGGAGUAUAGUUCAAUAGUAGAUCACUUGUCUAGCACCAUACCCCAACCAGUUGGAGUUGAACAACAAGCAGCUCUUCAAAAACCAGAUUUAGUUAGAAGCUUGAAUCAAGAUGUGGCAGCUGUGAAGGAAAACACCAAUAACUCUGAUAACCCAGGUGGAAAUGGCAAACAGGAUCGGAUCAAACAGAGAAGAGCUUCCUGUCCCCGACCAGAGAAGGGGACUAAAUUUCAACUUACUGUCCUUCAGGUGUCAACCUCUGGAGACAAUAUGGUAGAGUGCCAGCUGGAAACACACAACAAUAAGAUGGUCACCUUCAAGUUUGAUGUUGAUGGUGAUGCACCAGAAGAUAUUGCAGACUAUAUGGUUGAAGAUAACUUUGUGCUGGAAAAUGAGAAGGAAAAAUUUGUAGAAGAAUUGAGGGCUAUCGUAGGUCAAGCCCAGGAGAUCCUUCAUGUCCAUUCUGCUGCAGAAAAAGUCAUUGGACUUGACUCUGUUACCUUGGAAUCUAACAGUAACCAAACAGGAUCAUCUGAACAAGUCCAGAUAAAUUCUGCUUCUACCCAAACCAGCAGUGAGUCUGCUCCUCAGUCAUCUCCAGUUGGUCGGUGGCGAUUCUGUAUCAAUCAGACAAUAAGAAACCGAGAAGCUCAGUCUCCUCCUUCUCUUCAGCCUUCAAUGGCUGCAGUCACUGGGCUACAUCCAUUUCCUAGUUCACGAAGUAAAAAUAAUAAGGAAAUAUCACAGGACACACUGCUCAGUAUAGAAAAUAAUCCAUGCCAACAUGCACUUUUUACCUCCAAAUCAGAAAACAAGGAUGUACUUGAUGGUAAGAUUUCUGAAUGUGCUGGUGUAAAAAGUGAACAGCCAGCUAUACUUUUUCAAGUGGAAGAUAAUAGGCAGAUAAUGACACCAGUUACCAGUGGUUCCACUUAUUCCACUACUUCAGUUCCAAUUGAAUGUGAGGGACUCACUGGCCAAACAGGCAUGUUCAUACCUGUAUAUUCAUGUCACCCACCUGCCAGUCAGGCUGAUGUGCAUGUAGCUCAUGGUGGCAAAUCAACUCAGAUUGCUGGUAAUGCUGUUACAGCCUCAACAUUUGUAUCUGAUCAAAAACCUCAGUUCUUACCAGGACAGCAGCCAACUAUGGAUGCAGAGUUUAUUUCCCAAGAAGGAGAAAACAUAGUGAACACUGAAGCAAAUUCUCCAAAAGCAGUCAUUUCCACUCAGACUCCUGGCCUUGAAUCAAGUACCCUUUUACCCACUACUGUCCUAGAAUCAGAUGGGGAAAGACCUCCAAAAAUGGAGUUUGCAGACAACCGAAUUAAAACUCUGGAUGAAAAAUUAAGAAACUUGCUCUAUCAGGAACACAGCAUCUCUAGCAUCUAUCCUGAGAGCCAGAAGGACACCCAAAGCAUAGACUCUCCUUUUUCUUCCUCUGCUGAAGAUACACUCUCCUGUCCAAUGCCAGAAGUCAUAGCCAUCAGUCACUGUGGAAUUCAAGAUAGCCCUGCACAAUCCCCUAAUUUCCAACAUAUGGGCUCUAAGAUUCUGUCCAGUGUGGCUGCAAGUCAGCCUAAUAACAUAUCAGUGUUCAAAAGGGACCUGAAUGUGAUAACUUCUGUACCCAGCGAAUUGUGUUUACAUGAGAUGUCCCCAGAUGCUUCACUUCCAGGGGAUCCAGAGGCCUAUCCUGCUGCUGUGUCAAGCGGUGGAGCCAUUCAUCUGCAGACAGGAGGUGGAUAUUUUGGCCUAAGCUUUACUUGUCCUAGUCUCAAAAAUCCUAUUAGCAAGAAAUCCUGGACUCGCAAAUUAAAAAGCUGGGCAUACAGGCUACGGCAGUCAACCAGCUUUUUCAAGAGAUCAAAAGUCCAUCAAGUGGAAACAGAAGAUACAAGAUCAGCAAUUGCUCCUGAUCCCAUUCCACUGACACGGGAGUCCACGGCUGAUACUAGGGCUUUGAGUAGAUGUAAAACGAUGCGUGGAUCAUUUCAGCGGGGUCGGUUUCAGGUGAUUACGGUUCCUCAGCAGCAGUCAUUGAAAGUGACAUCUUUUGGAAUAGAACACCGACCAGCAUUCAAGGAAAUAUCGAAUCAGUCCAGUGAAGAAGCUCUGGCCUUUAGUGAAACUGCAAAGUCUCAAGAAGUGGAACCUGCCAUGCACAAUCCUCAGACUUCAGUCUCUUCUCAGAAGUUACAAACUCUUCAUGAAACCUUUAAAGAAGAUAAAGGGAUUUCCAAACAAUUAGACAACUUCCUGUCUUUCAGCACAGCUUGUGAGACUGAUGUAUCUUCAGUGACCCCAGAAAAAGAAUUAGAAGAAACUUCAGCCACGGGAAGUAGCAUGCAAUCUGGAUCUGAACUGUUGCUUAAACAGAGAGAGAUACUGCCUGCUGAGAAACAGCCUAGUUCUGCGAGUGAAUUUUCAGCCACUCUUGCUGAUAAUGGGAAGGCAGCGGCAAAAACUGGUCCAGAAAGUGAUCAGAGCUUACCCCUUCAUGAAGAACAAGCCUAUGCUCAAACGCAGAGUUCACUCUUCUAUUCUCCAUCUUCCCCAAUGAGCAGUGAUGAUGAGUCAGAAAUAGAGGAUGAAGACUUAAAAGUGGAACUUCAAAGAUUACGAGAAAAACACAUUCAGGAGGUGGUAAAUCUUCAAACCCAGCAGAAUAAAGAGCUUCAGGAGCUCUAUGAACGUCUUCGGUCAAUUAAAGAUAGCAAAGCACAAUCUUCAGAGAUUCCUUUGCCACCUGCAUCACCACGUCGACCAAGAUCUUUCAAAAGUAAACUUCGCAGCCGCCCCCAAUCCUUGACACACGCAGACAAUUCCUUGGUUGCAACAGAUCCACUAUGUGUAGAAAGUAAUACAGCAUCGUGCCAGCAAUCUCCAGCCAGUAAAAAAGGGAUGUUCACAGAUGACUUACAUAAGCUGGUGGAUGACUGGACAAAGGAAACAGUGGGAAAUUCUCUUAUUAAGCCAAGUUUAAACCAACUUAAACAGAGUCAACAAAAAUUAGAGGCAGAAAACUGGAACAAGGCAUAUGAAAAUACUCCAUCUACUAUGGGCUACACAUCAACAUGGAUUUCUUCUCUGUCCCAAAUUCGUGGAGCUGUCCCAACCUCCUUGCCCCAAGGACUGCCACUCCCUUCAUUUCCUGGGCCAUUAUCAUCAUAUGGAAUGCCCCAUGUUUGUCAGUAUAAUGCUGUGGGGGGUGCAGGGUAUCCAGUACAGUGGGUAGGAAUUUCAGGGACAACACAACAGUCUAUAGUAAUUCCUACCCAAUCUGGGGGACCGUUUCAGCCGGGGAUGAAUUUGCAGGCAUUUCCAGCUCCACCAGUGCAGAAUCCUGCUACAAUCCCUCCUGGUCCCAAGUGA